AUGGAUUGGAUUAUUAACGAUGAGCUUGGGCUCACGGUGGGCCAUCUGGUUGGGUGGACGUCUGCAUCGUUCAUGGUCGUCGGAGGAGUGUUGCCGUACAUUCCGCAAUACCGGCAAAUCAAACAGACGCAAGACCCGGAAGGGUUCUCCCUCCACGUUUGCCUUGCACUUCUAGUGGCCAACACACUGCGAAUUCUCUUCUGGUUUUCCAGCCGCUACGAGCUUCCAUUGCUGGUGCAGAGUGUGGUGAUGAACAUAACCAUGUUCCUGAUGAUACACCUGUGCGUGAAGGUGCGCCGGAACAAUGCGAUCAUGCGUAUGCGGGAGCGUGUCUUUUCAGGAACGGACGGGGUCGUUAGCGAGGUGCUCGGCAAGAGUGGUGAAGGUGGUGUAAUUAACAUACGCAGAUCAUCGAGCACCAAUCUCACUGCGGCGGCCGCCGGUGCCAAUGCAGCGACAACGGUCACGGCCAAUCUCAGCAACACCACCAGCAUCGGUAUCGGAUCGGCCCUGGUAACGCAACCGCCGGACGUUGGUGGGCAGUCAAGAACGCUGAAGAAAUCGCGAUCUCGUCACUAUAUCCUGGACUUCGAUUCGCGUUACUUCUGGCAGUGGACGGAUUUCCAGUCGUACCUCGAUUUUAUGCUCGUCGUAUGGGCAGUCGGUGCUGUCAUCACGUAUCUGAUGCUUUCCGUUACCUGGUUCAUGGAGACAAUCGGCUUCCUAGCCGUCUUUACCGAGGCAAUGUUAGGCCUUCCACAGUUUGUAAGGAACUAUAAAAAUAAAUCUACGCAUGGGAUGAGCAUCUGCAUGGUGAUCAUGUGGACUGCUGGUGAUAUGUUUAAGACUGGUUACUUUAUUUUAAGACAUGCACCCACACAAUUCUGGAUUUGCGGUACGCUGCAGGUCAGCUUAGAUCUUGCUAUAUUGCUGCAGGUCUACAUUUAUCGUAAGAAUCCCGCGCCACGUAAUGCGCAUCGCGGCGAUUAG